UUGCGAGUUCAUUUUCCUUGAAAAAUAUUGAAGCUGUCAGAUUUCGACUGUGUUUUUAAUACGAAAAAAAUUGCGGCUUUUAUUGUAUUGGGCCAGCAAAUUUUCUUAUUUUGUUUGGCAAAUAUUGUGAGCGCAUUAGAAUAUUUAUUCUUCUAGAAUAAAGUCUUAUAAACAUUCAUAUCUAUGUGGUCAGUGGAAUAGUUUUAUACGAUUGCUUUGUAGUGUAUGGUGCAUAUUAAUAUUUUCAUCACGACAGAAAGGUUAACAUGCGUUCGCUACAUAUUUAAGAAAAGAAGUAAAUAGUUUGUUCUAUGUCCACAAUAAUUUGUAAUAUGUCUGCACCAGAUGAAUUUGAAGAGCCAGCACCUACGCCUACCUAUAAUUGCAAAAGGUGCAAAAAAACCUUCUCAUGUAAAAGGGAUCAGCUGUUGCACAAAAAAGAAGUUCACUUUCAAGCAAAAUCUUCGUAUGAGUGCAAACUGUGUUCCAAAUUUUUUUGCAAUGGCGGUAAUUUGGAACGCCACAUGAAAGUUCAUAACGAUGUUCGACCAUUUGUAUGCCAUAUUUGCGAAAAGGCUUUCGCUCAGGCUGUUAAUCUACAACGACAUUUUUCUGUGCAUAAUGGGGAGAGACCUUAUCAAUGCAAUUUCUGUACCAAAUCUUUUACUCAACAAAGUAAUAUGCAUCGCCAUCAACUAACUCAUACCGGUGAAAAACCAUUUCGUUGUAAGCGUUGUGGUCGCUAUUUUUCUCAGCGCGUAAAUCUUAAAAAGCACAUAAUGGGUCAUUUAAAUGCAAAACCUUAUGCCUGUACAAUUUGUCAAAAAUCUUUCAUACAACUUAGUAAUUUCAAAAAGCAUUUGCAAUCUCAUGUAAAAGAAGGGGUUGAUGUAGAUAUUGCAGCUACUGUUGCCGCUGCCACAGCUGCAGCGCGCCAAAGUAUGGAAUUGGCAACUCAACCAGUAGCAUUCGAAUGCGCAAUUUGCCGAAGUAUUUACGAUAACUUUGCUGAUUUUGAAAUGCAUGAAAGCGCGUGUACUGGUGCUGUACAACCGAAGGUGGAAGCUCUGGAUACGAAUACCUCUGUUGACAUGUAUUCUCCAAUGAAGUUUGAGGUUUCUCACUUGGACACUCAUGAAAUAAUUAUUGAGACCACCCGAUAAAUUUACUGAGAAAAAUCAUAAUUUAAUGAAUUUUGUCAAAUAAAAUCAAAUUAAUCUUAAAAUAAAAGUAAAAUAAUA